GCCUCUCAUCCUGCGUAUAUCAACUCCCCUGGGCGCCGGCGCCUGUCCCUUCAUUGUGUACCUAGAAUACCUCUUUAGCGAUGCCCAACCUUCAUAGAUUGCCCCAAGCUGUCAGCCUGACUGGCUUGGGCAGCCUUCUCAUCGCGUUGUUGACACAGCCCACGCUGAGGGGUUAUGUUUCCCGGACUCUGGGACUCAAUACCCCGGGAGGAAACUGGCGGGCGUUCGCAAUCUUCAUGGUUCUUGCGAACUUCAAGAAUUUCCCGCUGGUGUGGCAUUGGCGCUUCUUCCGCUCCUACUUCGCCCAUAUCUACCUCCCCGCCCCAAAACUCGGUCCCCGAUCCCUUUUCGAACCCUCCAUAAUGUCCACCCACUCUCCGAUCUUGGAAACGGAUUUCAAUUUCCAUAAGAGUAACUCAACCUACUUCUCCGACUUCGACAUCUCGCGCACCCACCUCGUGUCCCAGAUCAUCCGCACGGGGGUCCGUAAAUCCAUCGCCGAGCGCCACGCCGCCUUUCCCCCAAGCGCCGCCGAGCUUGCGAUCAAGGGGAAAGAUGGCCUCGCACUGGGUGCGGUCAGCUGCCACUUCAAGCGCGAGAUCAAGCCGUAUGAGAAAUUUGAGAUCUGGACAAGAGUGCUAUGUUGGGAUCAGAAGUGGAUGUAUUUCGUAAGCCACAUGGUCAAGCCGGGAGUCGCGAGGCCGAAGCAUUAUACGGUACAACCGGGGCGGAGGGGAUAUGGGUCCUGUAUUAGGGAGCAGAAUGGGGGAUUGGCGAAUGGGGAAGCGAAGGAGGAGGAACAGAAGAGGUUGGAGAAGCUGAGGGGUGCGGUGUUCGCGAGCAGUAUUGCAAAGUAUGUGACGAAGAAGGGAAGGCUAACGAUUCCACCGGAGGUGGUGCUGGUGAGGAGUGAGAUGUUGCCGCCGAAGCCGGACGGGUGGGUUUAUAAAGGGGAGGAAGGCAGCGAGGGGAGUAAUGGCGCAUUGUUGGAUGAUGCGAUACUGCCAGAGGAUAACGAUAAUAAGGAGUGGAAUUGGGAUACAAUUGAGGCUGAGAGGCGAAGGGGCUUGAAAUUUGCGGAGAUGUUUGCACAAUUAGAUGGAUUGCAUGAGGAGUUUGAUGGGGGAAAGAAUGGGGUUUUGGGGGAGUUCGCUGAUAUUCUUUGGUGAUUUGCGGAUAUCCUAGACUUAGAUUCCUUGCUAGAUUGUAUCGUUAGUAGUAUUUAGACUUGGAGGCCUUAGAGACGCAGUUUGAUACAUGAUAU